AUGGGUUUGGGUUUGAUCUUGGACUCAACGAAGAAUGAUGAACCAGAUCCAUAUACUCGCGGCAUUGAUUUUAAGAUAAGAACUAUUGAGCUUGAUACUGAACACAUCAAGCUCCAGAUUUGGGAUACUGCUGGUCAAGAACGUUUUCGAACCAUCACCACUGAUAUUAGGAACUGGAUUCGUAAUAUCGAACAGCACGCUUCGGAUAAUGUCAACAAGAUCUUGGUAGGGAACAAAGCCGAUAUGGACGAGAGCAAGAGGGCUGUUCCAACAUCAAAGGGUCAAGCACUUGCUGAUGAAUAUGGAAUCAAGUUCUUUGAAACAAGUGCCAAAACAAAUUUAAAUGUGGAAGAGGUUUUCUUCUCGAUAGCAAAGGACAUUAAGCAGAGACUCACAGAUACUGACUCGAGAGCAGAGGAUGAAAAGAAGUGUAACCGGUUGUUUUUGUGA